AUGCAGAACGUAAAAAAUUAUUUUUCAUCAUGGAAGCCAUUUUGGAAAUCAUCGACAAAUGCUUGUCAUACACGAACAUUAACAUUAGCACCAUCAAUAAUUAAUUUUACAGAUUCAAGUUUAGGUGAUUUAAAACAUUCAGUAAUUGAUGAAAAAAUUAUGAUUGAUAUAUCAACAAAAUUAAUUGAAAGUGUUUCUCCACCAAAAUUACAAAUAUGUGCACAUAAUAAUCAAUGGUUUGCAUUAAAUAAUAGUCAUUUACUUGUCUAUCAACAAUUAGAACGUAUUGGACUUUGUGAUACUGUUGUUUGCGAUAUUAUUCGAAGUCAAGAUGUACCGAUGGGUAUUCGAGAAACACUUAUACCAGUUGGAAUAUCACAACAAGUUCAAAAUACAAGAGAACAACAGACGGGCGAUCAUUAUAUAUUGAGAGAUGAAGAAGGAUCAUCAUCAAGUCAAGAUGAAAUUAUCUAUUGUUCUGAUAUUCCAGCUGAUUCAUGUGGUUGUUUGGAUGAUGAUGAUUUAUGCGAUAGUAGUAUUGCAACAUGUAUUGAUAGUGACCAAGAUGGCGAUUCUAUUGAUGAACAAUUAGACUAUCAAAAAACUCUCUCAUUAGCUACGAGACCAAUUAGUACGAUCAGUAAUAAUCAAUUUGAUCAAGUUGAUUUAGAUGAAGAUGAAAUCGAAGAUGGUCAAAAAGAAAUGCAAAGUUUAUUGUAA